AUGGGUCCGGCUCGCCGUACCCGCGCUCGCAGCCAGGCUCUCAUCAGCAGUGCCGGUGCUACCGCUGCCGUCAGCAAGAUGACUGGCACUGCUGUGCCCAACCUCAAUGGAUCGAGCACCUCGACCACCGAGCCCCAGGUUGAGAAGGUCAAGAAGGUCGCGAAGGCCAAGCAGGUCGGGAAGGGCAAAAAGGUCCAGAAGCCGAAGCCUCGCUUCGACACCUUCCACCCGUUCCCCCGUCUCCCCAAUGAGAUCAAGGCAAUGAUCCUCUGCGAGUACAUCGACUUCGAGCCAGCCAUCAUCUACGCUGACUGCAAGGCCAACAAGAACAUCCCGGGCCUCAUCGACGUCAACACUGGCACUGAUGGUAAGAACUCGAAGUUCAAAUGUAUCGCCGAACUCACCAAGGGCAUCCCCGGCUUCGAAGCCUACGUCGAGCGCCAGUUUGGUGUCUCCUUCAAGGACUUGUCCUACAGCCCUGAGGAAGGCGUCCGCAAGGGCAAGGAUCUCAUGGUCCUUAUCUUCAGAGAGAAUGAGGGCCGUCACCUGGACUGGCACAGCGACAUCCAGCGGAAGCUCAAUCGCGAGCUCUUUGUUCCUGGUAUCGAGAACAUUGGCGUCAUGUACGAUUCGAGCCGCCUUCGCGGCCUGAAGCCCCACAUGAGACGCACUCCUUUUCCUUGCUCUAUCCCUGAUCUCAGCACAAUGAUCACGAACCUUCGAGAUAUCAAGAACUUCUACGUUCUUGUCAAGCUGGGCGGCGGUAGUCUGGCUGAGCAGAAGAAGUGGAUGAAGAAGCGGCUUCGCUUUGCGAAGCGUCCCAACAAGGAUCUUGUAGUCUUCGAGGACAAGCAUAGAACUUGGGUGGAGAUCACUCGGUACAUCGCUAAACACCAGGCAAAUGGUUCUAUUCUUAAAGAUGCAGCCAAUUUCCUCAUACUGACCGACCAGUUCUACCAUUCAAUUCGCACCAUGUAUGGUGGAGCCCCCAACGCUGCGUCCCAGACGGCUCCGAAACUCCUCAGUUCAUGGCUUUACGUGCCCGCGGGCAUCAUGGUCAUGCUGGCCGCUUGCUUUGGCGUCAGCGUCUUCUUCGACGCCGUCGGCGUUUCGUUCCCUGCCUCCGUGGCCUGCUUGAUUCUGCUCUUCUUUGGGCUCUUGCUGUCGGAGCUGGUACUGGGGAACCACAAGACGAGAGCUAUCGUUGCCGUCAUUGACGUGCCAGCGGGAUGGUCUCUCCGUUGGAUCAACAUCUUCUUCACACCAUCGUUCAUCAUGCUGCCUUUGAGUCCCUCAAUCGGCAUCGUUGAAGUCAUGAAGAUUAUUGCCGUCUUCAUCAUCGGCUUCAUUGUUAUGAUGGCGCUCGCCGCAUACCUCACCCGCGGCCUCCAACUCCUACUCGGAUCAUCCAAACGCGCAAUGACAGAACGUGCAGAAGAAAUGGGCAACGAGACCGACGAGAUUCCCCUCGCCGACACCCCUCCACGAAUUGACUCCGUCCCGGGCUCCCGCACCAUCUCCGCAGCCCCGUCUUCACUCUCACUCAACACCCUUGCUCCGCCGCCGCCCUCCCAAAACGCCUCACACAACUUCCUACCAUCAGCAACAUCAUCUCCCGCAAGAAUCACCGAAAUCAACGUCGAUAUUCCCUCCUGUCCGCCGACACCACCUCUCCCACCACAGGACCCCGUCCCCCCGCCACGCUCCCAGCUCUGGGCAGCCUGGAUCUGCGGUCACCUCAAUUGGGUUCUCUACGCCUCCAUCUUCACCUUUGUCGGAAUCCCCCUUUACUACACAACAGGCUACGCCAUGCCCCUUCACCUAAGUCUUAUCCUCCUCGUUUACUUCGCCGCCAUGUCCGUCCCCGCAAACUGGAGGCAAUACCUUCACCCCGUCCUCGUCACCGCUCUCUUCUCCGUCCUCGGAAUCUGGGCCCUAGCCGCCAUCCAAGGCGCAGGCCUCUUUGAGACUCUCCGAUCGUUCCGUACGGGAGCGAAUUACACGUACCUAUGGCUUCACGCCAAGAACCCGGAGGGUCGUCUCCCUGGCGCCGGCGACAUCUUCAGCACCGUCCUCGACGCGAGUAUCGUGUCUCUGGCACUGCCAAUGUACCAAUACCGCCGUGAGCUGAAGCAGAACUUUGUGGCGAUCGUGUUGCCCAACAUCCUCAUGUCGAUCGGCUGCCUCUUCUCGUACCCCAAGAUUUGCUUCGCCAUCGGCAUCAGCGCGGAGAGGUCUCUCGCGUUUGCAUCGCGAAGUCUGACGCUUGCGCUGGCUCUACCUGCAACGGAGAACCUUGGUGGUGAUCUGAAUACCGUGGCUGCGGUAGCUAUCAUGAGCGGUAUUGUCGGUGUGCUAGUUGGCCAGCGGAUGUUGGCCUGGAUGAAGAUCCCAGAAGAUGACUACAUCACCCGCGGCGUCACACUCGGAGCCAACUCCUCAGCCAUCGCCACCGCCCUCCUCUUACGAACCGAUCCCCGUGCUGCGGCGCUAUCAAGCUUGUCAAUGAGCUUAUUCGGCACCAUCACCGUCUUGUUCACAUCCAUCCCGCCCAUCGCAAGCGUCAUCAAAUCUCUUGUAACCUGA